GGGAAGGAGUAUAACAAUGAGUAUUGCUGGGUGUUGGGUUUCAAUGAUGAUGGGAUGAUUGCUAGUGUGCGAGCGUAUCUGGAUACUGCGAUGCUGAGAGAUGCCCUGGGAGAAAACGCAUCUUGAGGAAUGGGAAUCGCAUAUCGGGCUUCGGAGAAGUUGUACACCUCGAUAAGCUUUUGUAUUCUGCUUCUCUCUAAGUCAACCUAUCAUUACGACUACAUAACGCUGUUACGUUAUUGCUGUCGUUUGUCUGUAGUGGAUUGGGCUCUCUCGUCCUGGCCACUUCCAUUCCAACCUAAGUACUCUCACAACAGGCACCAGCAUUACCGCCUUCUCCUGGUCCGACGACUGAGAAAAAUUCCUCCCACGUCAUCGCAAGCCUGUCUCUCAGCGAAAGAUUCACGGCCGGCGGAUCUCUAUUCUCCUCCUUUUCCCCUCAAGACCUGUGUCCCCAGCUGCUGUACCCGCAUUCCUAUCUCUUCAUACUCACGCCCAGCCGUGACAUCGACACCAUACUCUUCCUCAAAUAACCCAAGACUUUCCUGGCACCCCGCUCCACCCAGCGUGAAUCUCUAGGAGGGUGGUGUAGAGAUCCUCGCUGUCUCUCCCCACACCCUUCAUCUAAAUCCCCAGUCCAGCGAAGUUACUCCGUCUUCUUUCCCCAUAACAUCAGUCUGGACUAUUCAGAGCUCCUCGUCGGGGGCUACUCGUCGCUCAGACAGCCGCUGCUCCAAGGCCUUUACUCUGCUUUCUAAACUUUCUGAUUCCACCUGUGAGACUGGCUUAGUUGCCCUUUGUUCAUGUGC